AGCCAAACAGCACCUAGUCCGGAACCUUAACCUCUACUCAAUGUCUUACCCUGAUAUUGUUUGAGGAAGAGGACCAUGUAGAAUGAGAGCCAAGCUUCCUUUAUAUAGGUGGUGGUGCUACAUAUACAUUUUGUAGCUGAGAUCCUUGCAGUCAAGGCUGUGCAGAAGAGUCUUUAACAGUAAAGAAGGUCAGUGGCCUCAAGCGUGAAGACUCUGAAGGUUUCUUCCCGGAGAACCCUGGAGAUCAGGAAGUCUUUAAGUUGAAUGUGAUGGUGGGGUAGGGUGGUUUCCAAUUUGAGUUCUGUGGCCUGACAGUGAGAGUCUUCAGGACAUUUCGCACAAGCGGAAGUACCCGAUUUACAUACUGGAAUAAGCUAGAGAAAAAAAACACAAAAAAUAGGAUCACAUGCAAUACUCAAGAAGGAAUGGACUCUGAAUAUGACCGGAAAAGUGAGUUAAUUGCUUUUGAUGAUUCAAAAGCUGGUGUGAAGGGGCUUGUAGAUGCUGGGGUGGCAAAGAUCCCACGUAUGUUCAUCCAUCCACAACAUAAUCUCCGUGAGAAGUCAGUUUCCACUAAUGCCCAGCUUCGGAUUCCAAUCAUAGACCUAGAAGGUGUCAACAGUGAUGCAAUUCUACGUGCUAAAAUCAUUGACAAAGUUCGAAAUGCUUGUGAGAUUUGGGGCAUUUUUCAGAUUGUCAAUCAUGGAAUUCUGAAAAGUGUUUUGGAGGAGAUGAUCAAAGGAAUACGUAGAUUUAAUGAGCAAGACACUGAAGUGAAGAAAGAGUUUUAUACUCGUGAUUCCUCCAAAAAGGUGAAAUUUGUAUCCAAUUUUGAUCUAUUUCAGGCACCAGCAGCUACUUGGAAGGAUUCCUUUUCUUGUAUUAUUGCUCCUAAUCCACCAGACCCAACAGAUAUGCCUGCGGUAUGCAGAGAUAUAAUCAUGGAAUACUCGAAGCAAGUAAAGAUGUUGGCUAAUACUCUGUUUGAAUUAGUUGCAGAGGCUCUUGGCCUCAAUUCAAACCAUUUGAAAGACAUGGAAUGUGCUGAGGGCCUUUUCCUUGUGGCUCAUUACUACCCAGCUUGCCCAGAGCCAGAAUUGACUAUGGGCACCAAAACUCAUACUGAUCCAACAUUCCUCACUGUACUUUUACAAGACCAAGUGGGUGGUCUCCAAGUUCUCCAUGAGAAACAAUGGGUCAAUGUGAACCCGGUGCCUGGAGCACUAGUGAUAAACACUGGAGAUCUUCUGCAGCUUGUAUCCAACGACAUGUUUAGGAGUGCAAAACACAGGGUGUUGGCAAAUCAUAAAGGCCCAAGAGUAUCAGUGGGCAGCUUUUUUUCUCCAUUUAGUCUGCCACCCUCAAAACUCUACGGACCAAUCAAGGAGUUGUUAUCAGAAGAGAAUCCUCCAAAGUACAAGGAAACCACAGCAAGAGACUAUGGUACCUACCACAGAGCAGAAAGGCUUGAUGGGACUUCUGCUCUCCAGCAUUUCAAGCUUUACCAUCUUCAAAUUCCAAUCAUAGACCUAGAAGGUGUCAACAGUGAUGCAAUUCUACGUGCUAAAAUCAUUGACAAAGUUCGAAAUGCUUGUGAGAUUUGGGGCAUUUUUCAGAUUGUCAAUCAUGGAAUUCUGAAAAGUGUUUUGGAGGAGAUGAUCAAAGGAAUACGUAGAUUUAAUGAGCAAGACACUGAAGUGAAGAAAGAGUUUUAUACUCGUGAUUCCUCCAAAAAGGUGAAAUUUGUAUCCAAUUCUGAUCUAUUUCAGGCACCAGCAGCUACUUGGAAGGAUUCCUUUUCUUGUAUUAUUGCUCCUAAUCCACCAGACCCAACAGAUAUGCCUGCGGUAUGCAGAGAUAUAAUCAUGGAAUACUCGAAGCAAGUAAAGAUGUUGGCUAAUACUCUGUUUGAAUUAGUUUCAGAGGCUCUUGGCCUCAAUUCAAACCAUUUGAAAGACAUGGAAUGUGCUGAGGGCCUUCUCCUUGUGGCUCAUUACUACCCAGCUUGCCCAGAGCCAGAAUUGACUAUGGGCACCAAAACUCAUACUGAUCCAGCAUUCCUCACUGUACUUUUACAAGACCAAGUGGGUGGUCUCCAAGUUCUCCAUGAGAAACAAUGGGUCAAUGUGAACCCGGUGCCUGGAGCACUAGUGAUAAACACUGGAGAUCUUCUGCAGCUUGUAUCCAACGACAUGUUUAGGAGUGCAAAACACAGGGUGUUGGCAAAUCAUAAAGGCCCAAGAGUAUCAGUGGGCAGCUUUUUUUCUCCAUUUAGUCUGCCACCCUCAAAACUCUACGGACCAAUCAAGGAGUUGUUAUCAGAAGAGAAUCCUCCAAAGUACAAGGAAACCACAGCAAGAGACUAUGGUACCUACCACAGAGCAGAAAGGCAUGAUGGGACUUCUGCUCUCCAUCAUUUCAAGCUUUAGUUUGGCAAUGGAGAUGAUGAAGGGUUAGGAAUAAUUGAAUCUCCAGGAAGUGGAAGGGUUUAUCCUAUUUGUGAUUGAGUUGGCUAUUGUUUCAACUUUUAAUAGUAGUUUCCUUAGUAAGGUAUGUAUAAAUUGGGAGUUGCUAUCAUAUUUGUGGGCAUACUGAAACUCGAAACAUUGAUCUGCUUAUGUAAUUGAUUUGAAUGUGACGUAGAAGCCUUGUUAUGGUCUAUCCACAUCAGGAAAGCUUAUGCAAACAGGCAUGUAUUGAAAUACCACAUAUGUGCUAUCUCAACAAACUUUCUGAUGCCAUGUAAUCUAAGUUUCUAGUGGGCUUUUCUUCUC